AUGACUAAAGAGGAAUUAAUUGCAAAGCAUAAAAAAGAAUCAAAAGAUUUGAUUGCUACCAUCACAGGUUUGAAGAAGCAAGCCAAUAAGAAAACAAGAAAGAAUGUCAAUAUUCGAUGUCAAGAACUUCAAGAUGAGUUAGAUAAGAAACAUCAAAAGGAAUUGGCUGAGAUUGAAAGCGGAAACAGCUAUUCUUCGUUAGCUGUGGAUGAACAAUCAGAAAACAAAACUACUGAUAAUAAUGAUGAUGAAGUUACACCAGAAUCUUUACUAGCUCAAAUAGACUUAAAUUCGGAUGAACCUAACACCAAAAUAAAUGAGCCAAUACAGUCAGGACAACCGAAGUCGAAAAGGAACCGCCAAAAGGAGAGAUUAGAGAAACGAAAAGCAGAAAUUGAAAGAAUUAAAGAAGAGGCUAGGGCAGAAGCUGCAAAUACUGUUGACUAUAGACAGAUAGAGAUUGAUUCCAUGAACCAUUUGUUGGCUUUGAAUAAUCUUAAAUUAUUCGAGAUCAGACCUGAUGGACAUUGUCUAUUUGCAUCAAUUCAAGAUCAACUUCAAAUACGACAAAACGUUCAUAAAUCUAUACAAGAAUUGAGAGACCUUGCGGCUGAAUACAUAUCACGUCACAGGGAUGAUUUUAUACCGUUCUUAUUUGAUGAAAAAACUAUGGAAUUACGCGAUAUAGAUUCGUAUCUUGAAGAGUUAACCACGACAGCUAUGUGGGGGUCUGACAUGGAAAUUCUUGCUUUAGCAAAGAAUUUUAACUGUCCAAUAGAUGUGUAUAUUGCUGGGGCGGCGACACAGACAUUGAAUGAGGAUGGCGAAGAGCCAAGGUUGAAAUUAGGUUAUUAUAAACAUACUUAUGGUUUGGGUGAACAUUAUAACUCCUUAAGGAGCAUUGAGAGCCAGGAGGAAUAA